GACCGGGCCCUAGGCCUAUCAGUUGUCCCCGCUGUCCCCGACCCCGUCCGAGGCCUCACCUGCAGGCAGGGCUCCCCGCCGCCACGCUCAAAGCCGCCGUCCUCCAUGCUAGGCCAUCCCCGGGGGCGGCGUGCUAAAAGAGGCUUAGGCCGCGGCCGCGCUAAUCCGGAUGAACGGGCACGGCAGACCCGGCGCGCCCUUCUGCCCCCGCCACUGCUCGCCCAACUUCCAUAACGCCGGCGGCCAAGCCCCGGGCGUCUGGAACAUCCCCAGUGAGGAGAAGGAAGAGAAGGAGGAUCAGUGGUGGUGGAUGCGGUACCGGGAGUACUGGGAUUUCCCCAGGGAAGACGGCACUGACACCCCCCCGGGCCGGACCUCCCCCAGCGCUCUUGAGCUGAAGCUGCGUCGGUUGCCACGACCCUUUGGGCAGAAGCCCACACCCGAGGAGGCAGAGAGGAACGCGCAGGAACUGAUGGAGGAGGAGGAGCGGGUGAAGAGGAAAGCGGAGAAGAAGAAAAUGAAGAAGAAGAGACAGAAAGAUCGGAAGAAACAAGAGAAACUGGGACAGGAGCAGAAAAACGAGCUGGAGCGUGAGGCAAACACCUUGUCCACCCGCAGCAGUGGGCACCCCCAGGGGAAACAGAAUGAGGAGGGAGAGACCCGGCCAGGCCCCCCCAGCCUGGGGGGCAGCGCAGCCUCCUCAGGAGAGGAGGGGGAAGGCCAGGAGGCCGAGGCAGAGGAGAUGGAGGAGGAGCUGGACCUGAGCUGCACCUUCGUCUCCAAAGCCCGGCAGAAGGCAGGGGUGCGGCUGCCAACCCCUGGGGGAGGGAGACCCUCCAGGACCCCUGCUGUAGAGCCCGGCAGGAAGGCAGCAGGGAAGGUGCCUGAGUCCCCCCCGCCCACCCCACAAGUGCCGGGUCCUCUUCCUGUGCCCCCAGACCUGAGUGUGGUGGAGCGGAGCCUGGUCCUGGCAGGCUCUGGCUUAGAGGCUGCCCAGAGGGGCUGCUACGACAAGGCUGUGGAGGCUUUCACUGAGGCCCUGAGCCUGAACCCCUGCGAGCACCGGCUCUUGGGGAACCGCUCCUACUGCUAUGAGAGGCUGGGCCGGUACCAGGAGGCGCUGGAGGAUGCACGGGAGGCAGUGAGGCUGCAGCCAGGCUGGCCCAAGGGCUGGUUCCGACAGGGCAAGGCACUUCGGGGGCUGCAGCGUUACGCGGAGGCUGCAGCCGCCUUUCUGGAGCUGCUGCGCUGGGACGCAACCAACACCGAGGCAGCCACGCAGCUGGCAGCGUGCAGGGCCCUGCUGCAGCAGAGCAGCCCCGGGGGUGUCCCUGUGUCCCUGUCCCUGCCGGAGGCCAGGGAGCCGCCGAUGCUGACUCCUGGGCCGUGGGCCAGCAGGAGCCACCAGGGAAUAGAUGAGAGAGGCUUUGUGACUGUGGGACGGGGCACCGGGAGCCCAGCAAGACCCCCGGGCCGGGCUGUGGCCAGUGACCACCAGACACUGCCUCCGAGCCACCCUGCCAGGGACUGUUACCCCCUCUGGGUGGGCAACAUCACCCCCAGGAUCAGUGAGACUGUGCUGCGCCGUGCCUUCAGCCGCUUUGGGGAGAUCAGCUUCAUCCGGAUGCUACCCAGGCGGCGCUGUGCAUUCCUCAACUACACACGGAAGGAGGAGGCAGAGGCAGCGUAUGCAGCCUUGCAGGACACAGAACUUGAGGGCAUUAAGCUGGUGCUGCAGCUCAAGCACCCCUCCCACGCCACUCCCUCCCCCCACCACCAUCCAGAGCUGCUGUAGCUGGGCAGGGGUCUCAUCUGACAGCAACAAAGCUGGAGGCAGCAGUGCCCCCCACACCCCAGUGCUGCUGCCUGCGCCCUGCCUGUGCCUUUUCCUUCCUGCUGCCCCCAGGAGGGAGUUCCCCCCUACUCUGGGUGUGUGGGGGUGUCCAUCCCCCCCACUCCUGGUGCCUUCAGGGCUGCCCUCUGGGGGCUCUGGUGGGGAGAGGGGGCUGUGCUGCCGUCCCCUGCCCUCCCACCCCCUGCCAGGGGCCUGCAGGGGUUAGGGAGGCUGUAGGUAGUGGGUGCCCCUCCUGGAAGCAGGGGGUCCCCUCACCUCCUUCGGGGGUUUGUAGCAAUUUGUAGUUUUUAAUAAAACUGUC